AUGGCAUCUAUUCCAGGUGCUGCGGUUUUCCCGGCUACCGAUAUCUCGGAGAUUCCAUGUCGUGUUUGUGGAGCCAAAUCGUCCGGAUUUCAUUUUGGCGCCAUCACAUGUGAGGGAUGCAAGGGUUUCUUUAGACGAACUAUAAACGAACGGGAAAGUCAGCGUUACACAUGUCGGAACGGCGGGAAUUGUGCAGUGACCGGGGCUACUCGAAAUAAUUGCAAAAGUUGCCGUUAUCGUCGUUGCUUGGCUGUGGGCAUGUCCAAAGACGGAAGUCGAAUCGGACGUCAACCAAAUGCAGUCAAACAUCGAUGUGCGAUUGAGAUAGAACAACUUCGCUCGGCCGUUUCCUGUGCGGUAUCCUGCCCGAACAAAUCUCCACUGAAAAGUUACAUACCUAGUCCACCGUUCUCUUUGUCCAACACGCGACUAUCUUUGGAUGAUCCCAGUCGCGCACUGAUGCUAAGCUAUAAUAAUAAUGUCCGAUUAGAGCAUCCGCCCAUGUCACAUUCGUAUCCCUCACAUAUGGUUCCCAACGCAAACGUGGUCUACUUUCGUCCGACAUUAUCCGAAUUCCAUAGCCAGUCUGACAUCACAGAACCUGCUCUGUUCACGCCCGAGUUACACAGUCCCAGAUCAACACGUCUCUCAGCCCCAUACACACCAACGGCCAUAACGGCCAGUCAAUCCGAUCAAUCCCAUAUUCCAGAGCUUCAUUCAGGUUGCAGUCUGAGACCACAACCGAUGGACGAGACUAGUGAACCAGAUCAAAUAUCUAUGCACCGACUAGGAUAUCCAUCCACUCGUACAGAUGAACCAUUGACCUCGCAAUUGUCGCAACAUCAAUUAGUAUCAACACAACAAGCAUUGGUCAGUUCACACCCUUAUACAUCAAGUGUAGAAGCCGUCUCGGAUGACGGGAUCGGAAAGAUGCCUGAGAAACGUGAGGACGCUCUGAUGCCACCGGAUUUACAUAAAUACAACUUCGAUCCGGGAGAUUACAACAGACUAACAGACCCCAUUGAUCUAUACAGUUCCCAGUCUCCAUCUACAUCGCUGGGUCCGGCUAUAGGAUUGUUACAAUUAUCUCAAGCAGCGCAAUACUUCAGUCAACAGGAACAAGCCGAAAGAACACAACAGGAUGGCCCCACUACCGAAAAGACCGAGUCUUCAACACGAUCUACACAAUAUCCCGGUUCGUCGUUAGGUUUGGAUUUGACCGAAACUAAACCCAAGUUAGAUCCAAAUCUGUCCCAUCAACAACAUCACAACCUUCGACUCCAUCAACAGCAUCAAUCUUUUGCAUCGCCAUCGUCCACCACCAUUUGUCCUCCAAGUUUUCCCACACCAGUGAAAGCAUUUGACGAUACGUAUGAAUUCAAAUCUACUCCACCUCAGGUAAACAUCAAUGAAGAUGAUAUGAAUCGUGCUACUGGAUCUCCAUUUUUAGAUCCUAGUGUAACUCAAACAGGUACACCUUCUGGAAUAAGGUCCGAUGCGGAGAAAAUAACCAACCCAGAUCGAUACAAGCCAAGUUCCAGUUCGGGAACAUCCUAUUUUUCCCCACCCAAAGCAUUUCUUAGUCGAUACAGUGCUACAUGUCGAUUAACGGAGGGACAUUGUGAACCGAAUAUGAGACCACACAUUUCACCGCACGUGACGAACGAAUCGACGUAUUUGGCAGAGAGAGAUCCUGUGGCUAAUGAGUGCCACAUGCGCGUUGCGGAGUACAACAGUGAACUGGAGUCUGGACUCACUUCUAUGGACAGGCAUGCAACUCACGUGACAGAAUGGGCAUCUGAUUGGCUACGAGUUGGACGUCAUAUUCCGCCCACUAAUCAGGAAUCCAUCAGCCGUUAUUCCACUCCCAGUUCAUUACCCGUGUCUAACCUUCCCUCAUGCAUGGAAUCACAAUCACUGGACGACCAAGGGGAACGUUUUGAUGAGCGAUCUUCCCCGGAAAAUCCUGCAACUUUGGUGGCGCGUUAUUUGAGGCAAACACAAUCGAUGCCUUCGGCUACUAGUUCGAACACGAUUGACUUGACGGCAUCAUCAUUUUCCCGUCCCCAAGCCGAGGAAUUCAUCUCUUCCCAUGUAUCGACCGAGCAGAAUGCGAGGCAAACGGACCUGUCACAAUCAGGGAUGUCACAACCCAAAUUAUUAACCCUGUUGGAGAAAGUUGACCUGGACACGGAAACUUCGUUUCCAGGCUGGGUUGCUCAUUCAACGCAGAACGAAGCUAUGGAUCCAAUGGCAAGCGAAGUUAGGGAUCGGAAUCAAACCAAACCCUUGGAAUUUCCUAGGGUUGAACCAAUGUCAACCUCAGUGGACGAGGGAACAAUGCGAUCCCCGAGUCGACAACCCAUGAGUGAGACUAGCAUAGGAUCGGGCAACUCUCAUGUGUCUCAGUCCGUUCGGCACAGAUUGAAUCACCCAAAUAUGCAUGGAGCUUCGCAUCCGAAUCUCUCAGACAGGAGAAGUGACUCUGAAUUGCCAAAUGCACCAAAUGAGCCAGUCGGGUUAUCGUAUUCUACCUCUUCGGGUUCGCUUAUUUCUUCCACCGGUCUAACUGAGACGGUCACAGAUUCCCCAUAUUCUCAUUCGGCGUUGCGUGAUCCUAUGCCCUCGGAAAUUCUGUUCAUUGAUCGAGUGAUGAAAGCGGUUCAAUGUCUUCGCUUUGUUCCUUCAAGAAUUUCUUCUAACCCCAAACAACUGCACGAAUGGAGCGCCCCAGACGUGAUCUGGUCACGAGUAAUGCAACAUUUUGAAAUAUACGCGCAUCAGAUUACCCGAUUUGCCCGGGAAGUUCCCGGUUUCCGUGACCUGUCUCGUGUGGACAUGAUAACUCUGGUCCAGUCAGGAACAUUUCCCAUCAUACUCCUUCAGUUAUCUCGUGAACGCGAGGGUGGUAGUGGGGAAUACAAUUAUUUCGAUUUCCAUUCAACCGAGAGAAGAAUCAUCGUGCGUGAAUUUCCCACUUUACAACGGCUUGCAGAUCAGCUGUGUGAGAUCGGACAUGUGAUGCGCACGCUGCGACUGGACGAGAGUGAGAUGGGUUUACUCUGCUGUUUGGUUUUAUUGCAUGCUGAUGAUCAUCAGCAAUUCGAGGAUCCAAAUAGAGUGCAAACUACCUAUCAACAUGCGUUAAUGGUACUAGAGAAAUACGAACAAGCCCGUGCAAACUCCGAACAACGUAUCCGAGACCUACUAGCUGUGAUUCCCAUUCUGGAUGAAAUGAGCCGAGAGCAUCAGCAAAUUAUCAGACAAAUACGGCGCCAAUACCAUCACCUCGUGUUUUCUGAACUGUACGUCCAAAUGUUCCGACUGGAUGAUGAAAAUGAGGGAGACGAGAAUAUCGAACUGCUGGAGCAUUCUGGCUAA